AUGCUUUCUCCCGGCGACAUCGUCCGCAUUUACCCAGAAAGCGUUUCCCUGCUCGUCGACGACAUCUCAACGGUGGCCUAUGGCACGGUACGCCGCUCGAGACGCCGUUUGGUGAUUGACGUCACACCCGACGAGUCCAUUACCGAUCAACUAUCGCUCCCGGUCGCAGCGAGCAACGAGCAGUUUCCGGUCGUCACCGCCGCGGAACGCGACGCGGGCACCCACCGACUCAUGCGGCGUUUUGUCGUCGCCCGCGUCGUGGACAACUGGGUGCUCGGGCAAGUGUGCCGCGCCGACCAUGCGUCACGAUCGAUCCAGGUCAGGACCCACCGUGGACGGCUCACAAUGCGUCAAGACGCCGUCGCCCUCGUUCUUCCAGUCGUGGCAGCGCUGCUAUGGGACACCGACUGGUCCGCCCUCGACGACGACGCGCCGCGCAGCGCUACGGGCCUCACCAUGGAGGCUCUCCUGGAGUGCCACCGGCGCAUCUGGCACCGUAUCCGCCCUCAAACGGAUCUGGAGGCUCCAUCACGCGACAUUGCCGCCAUCCUGGCCGGCUACGACGUCCACAACGCCGUCAAUUUGGGUACGCUGCGACGCAUCGUUUGCGACCCGCGCUCGGGGCUUUUGGUCAGCCCGUCCGUCCAACACAUCGUCGAUUUUACCUUUCACGCCGACGGCGGUGCCAACGACCCCAAUAUCGUGGAGCUCGGCGAGUCAUUCUGCCACGACCCUUCCGACUCCGGCAUCGAUUCGUCGUCGUUGUUGGACGAGGCCGCGACAGCGACCGCUGUGCAGUCGCCUAUGCCAGUCGUCUCCGCCUCGGAGCACGCGGCGGGUGCCGCCACCUACGCGGGCAUCCCGGGCCACGGCGGCAUUGCGCCUCCCGUCGCUGCGUUCGCAGCGGAGUACCAGCGCGAGCACCGCGCUCGAAGCCGCGCCGCUGCCACCCGAACGCUCGCUCAGUAUACCGAGGUCGCGUCGGGUCCUAAGAGCGCUCUCCGAGUCUCACCAGCCCAGGCCGAGGUACAUUGGUGGAUCACCAACGCACAAUACCAAACGGCGAUGCCGAUGGAGUUCCUCGCAAGCGUCGCCAGGUGCGAAGCGAUCCGGUUCCCUCCGCACCCCGGUACCCUCAACCUCCGCAGUGUGUGGAACGACGACGCACGCGUCAGCUUGAGUCACUUCCCCGUCAGCCUGACCCCACCUAAGCCACGACACAACUUUUGCACCAUCGACAACAUCCGUGCAGCGCUGCACGCCUUGCUCGCCUAUGCCAACACGUUCGGUUCCGACAUCCUUGUGGCUGUGGUGGAGGCCGCGCUCGCUCUGGCCUUGGAACUUCUCGACGACACCGACGAUUUUCCCGACAGUGCAACGACGAUAGUGCUACAGUGGUUCAACGAGCGGUUCGCGGCUUUCGGCACCCUCCUAGCGAUGGCAGCCAAUGGCAACGCAAGCGUCGUCGCGUCGAUCUCGAGCUUCCCGACAACGUUCGCCACAGAAGGACCCGCGUACCAAAACCUCUUCCUACGGGUGCUCAAGCACGCGCUCCGCGAUUCGGCACCCCCGACCAGCUAUCUCGAUCCGACGAAGGGCGUCGAGCCGCUUGGCGGAGGCAAGCAAAAGGCCACGCACGGACGCGGCGCAGGUGGCAACCGCAAACAUGCCAAUCCCACCCGAUGUCCUGGCCGCGCUUCCGAGAGACGGCGGUCUCCCGAUGCGCCUACACCAUUUGUCCCAUGCACCAACCCGGUCAAGGGCAACACGUGCACUGGUUACAAAGACCGCUUCCAAGAUCGCACACGAACCAGCAUCCAGGCGCAGAGCAAACGAGCUCAAGCCAUUUCCAAAUUGGAAGUGUAA